GUGACCCCCGAGAUCCUGAACCAGAUGCUGAAUUUUUAUAACCUCUCCCGGCAGAAAUUCAUCCAGACUUACAAACUGCAGCCUCUCGUCUACAUCCCUGAACUGCCGUUCGCCGCGAAGGUAACCUUGGUGGUGGUUUACUGCGCGAUUUUCCUGCUUGCUUUCUGCGGGAACACGCUGGUGGUGCUGUGUAUUGUGAAACGGGGUAAGCGAUCUCGGACAGUCACCACAAUCUUCAUCUGCUCCCUGGCCGUCAGCGACCUCCUCAUCACCUUUUUCUGCAUCCCAUUCACCUUACUGCAGAACAUCUCCUCUCAAUGGGUUGGAGGCACUUUUGUCUGCAAGAUGGUUCCUUUUGUUCAGACUACAGCUGUGGUGAGCUGUGUCCUAACAAUGACGUGUAUAGCAGUGGAGCGAUAUGAAGGAAUAGUGCACCCACUGAGAAGGCAUUACCUGAACACAAGGGCACGCAAAAUGCUCGGAUUCGCAUGGGCAGUGGCUGUAAUUGUUGGAUCUCCUAUGUUGUACGUUCAACAACUUGAGGUGAAGUAUGAUUUUCUCUAUGAACGUCAGUACGUUUCCUGCCUCGAGUGCUGGAAAUCUGCUUCACUCCGAAAAGCCUACGCUGUUUUCAUUCUGGUGGCGCUGUUCCUGCUGCCCCAGUUGGUAAUGCUGCUACUUUACAGCAGAAUUGUUUUUGAGCUCUGGAUCAAGAAACGUGUGGGGGAUAACUCCUUUCUCAAUGCCCUGAACCAAAGGGAAACGUCCAAGAUUGCAAGAAAGAAGAAGCGUGCUGUUGUUAUAAUGAUAACUGUUGUUGUGCUCUUCACCAUAUGUUGGGCCCCAUUCCAUGUGGUGUAUAUCCUGUUUGAAUUCAACAAGUUGGACGAGAUAUAUGAUGAUGUCACUGUCAACAUGAUCAUCGCUGUUGUGCAAGCGAUAGGCUUCUUCAACUCCUUCAAUAAUCCCAUUAUCUACACCUUCAUGAAUGAAACCUUCAAGAAUGAUUGCUUCUCUUUCCUGUCAUGUUGCGCUCAGAGGCAACAUCAGAAGGCCACUGCUCGUGUGCAAAACCCAAACGUAGCAGCAAGGCUAGCUGCCUGGGUGGAGGAUCCCCCUCAGAUGAGGAAACACAUGAAGCCCGAGAAUAAUAACCAGAUUGAGCAUGUUGAGCUGAACUGGUGUGUAAAUUAUAAAUUAGCGACUCGUGAGCCAACGCAGUUACCCAUGCUUCCAUGUGCUCCUCACCAGGACCUACCAUGCACCUCAGGUCAUGGUUGA